AUGAUGAAGAGGGUAGUGGUAGUAGCAUUUCCAACUCUGCUAGUACUAGCUUUGUUGGUCCUUACAGUGGAGCCAGGGAAAGCACUCACUUGUCCAGAAGCAGAGACAUUAGUGUUUCCGUGUAUAGGAUACCUGGGUGGUGUCGGUGGUGCUGGACCUUCAGUUGCUUGCUGCGAUGGUAUCAAAAAUCUGAAAUCAUCGACACCAACAACAAAUGAACGACGCGCCGCAUGUCAGUGCCUUAAAGAUGCAGCUAUCCAAUUUCCUGCCUUAAGGGAUGACUUAGCUGCUUCACUUCCCAAACGAUGUGGUGUUGAUGUCGGCUUUAACAUCACCAAGAACAUCGAUUGCAACUCGUAA